AUGUUUUCCAAGGCUCUCAUCGCUGCCUCACUGGCCUCCCAGGUCACAGCAUGGCCUUUCGUUGCCGAGUCUGUCGGAAUGGACCCAGAACUGAUGAAGCGCAAUGACCGCCUUGUCGAGCGCGUGCCAGGCGAUGCCGCCUCAUGCCCCUUCAACCCAAACCAUGUGCCAGCGGUGCCUAUCUCGACCAAGUACCCUUAUUGCGGUGCGAAGAACGGUGUUCCCGGCAAGCAGGUGUGCCAGAACAACCUGGUGCCAGCCAACGGUGAUACUGCCCACUACUUUGUCGCUCCUGGAAAGAACGACAUUCGUGGUCCUUGCCCUGGCAUCAACACUGCCGCAAACCACAACUUCUUGGCCCACGACGGCAUUACGACCUUCAACGAGCUUAUUGACAUGCAACAAAAUGUCUACGGUGUUGGCUACGACCUAGCAGUGCUGCUGGCCGUGCUUGGUGUUGGUCUCGACGGUGAUCCAAUCACUGGAAAACUCUCCAUCGGCUGUGAUGCCACAACGAGGACUGCUUCCCCUGGUCUCGGCCCUGAGCUUGGCCUGGACGGCCACAACAAGUUUGAGGGUGAUACCUCGCUCACUCGUAACGACUACUUCACUGGUUGCGACUUCGGUAACAUCGCCCGGUACCGCAAACAGAGAUACGACUGGAGUGUCGCCCACAACGGCAACUUCUAUUUCGGUCCGCAGUCAGUGCUCUUGUACGGAGCCGCAUCAUUCCUCUACGAGUUGUUCCCAUCCCUCGGUGACCAGGGCAAGCCUGACCUGGUUACCAUGGACUAUUUCUUCCGUCAGGAGAAGCUUCCCCCGAACUGGUUCUCCCGUGUCCAGCCUUACACAAUCCCGCUGGUCGCCGCCGAGAUCUUCAAGCAGUACGAGGCGUACCCAGUUGCUUUCGGCGGUAACACUGGAAACCCCAACACCUUCUACGGUAUUGGUCAGUUCGGCCCAUCCAUCUCCAACAACACCCUCCAGACCACCCCACAGGGUGUUGCUUGCCUCUUGUACCAGAUUGCAACCGAGAACACCCCAUCGAGCUUGGGCGGCGGAGGCGGUCUCCCAACUUCAACUCUGCAGUGGGCAGCCAGCAAGCUCAACUCAAUCUUCGGUUCAGGCGGCAGCCUGGCAUCUUUGGCCUGCCCACUCAACCACAACAACGCCUAG